GGGACGGCAGCGGGAGCCGGGGUCGGGGCUGGAGCCGCGCCGGGGAGCGGCGAGCGAGGAACGGGGAGCGGAGCUGCCCCAGUGGGGCAGCUGCGGGCGGGAAGGUGCCGCGCUGCCCCUGCGCCCGAGCCGGAGCAUCCCGGCGGCGUCAGCCGUCUGCUUUUCGAGGGAGGUGGGCACUCCGGGUGCGGGGUGUUUUUUCCUGCCCCUGCCCUCACCGGUGCGCGUUGUUCGGGCUCUCGGUGCCCGCGGAGCCUCGGCGAGCACGGCUGCCCGGCGCUGUGGCUCGCACGUUCCCGCAGCGCCGGGGCCGCUCGCUGCCGCUGUCCGGCGCCGAGGGUGCCGCGCCGGCUGAAGCGGAUCCCGGCGGAUCCCCGGCGGGUUUGGGAGGCUGCUGUGCGCCCUGGAACAGCUCCCGCCGCGCCUCGCCCGUGCUGCUGCUCCGAGGGAGCAUCUCUAGCGGCUUGCCUGUCCUGUGCUGUAACCAAGGGCAUUUGAUUUUCACAAGCGUUUAACCGAGGGGCUUUUCUCAGCAUGCAGUCCCUUUAGAUUUGGGCGUGAACACCAACCACAUCCUCUGCAUUGGACAUUUAGCGUCUGUUUCCAUAUCUUCUUUCUGCUUUUCUGAAGGAUAAAAUCUUAAAUUGUCCUGGACUUGAGCAGUAAAGGAUUAUUUCAUUCACUGGCUGACUUGCCAUCUCACCAUUGUGAUGGAAAAAUGUUUGCUUAAAAUAAACCCUUUUCAUGCCAUUAAAACUGCCUUCAAAUACAAGAUCUGUUGUGAUUUUUAAAACACAAACCCAGUAAUGUCAGAACCCGACUCUUCAUCUGGAUUUGUGGGAAACAUGGAAAAUGGGACUUUUCUGGAGCUGUAUCCCACAUCCCUUUCAACUUCAGUGGAUUCAUCACCUGGCCGUUUAUCCAACGUCUAUGUCUAUGUUUCCAUAUUCCUUAGUCUCUUAGCUUUUCUCCUUUUGCUACUGAUCAUUGCACUCCAGAGGCUGAAAAACAUAAUUUCUUCCAGUUCCUCCUACCCUGAGUACAACAGUGAUGCUGGAAGUUCGUUCACUAAUUUAGAGGUUUGCAGUAUUUCUUCCCAGCGCUCUGCUCUCUCAAACCUUUCUUCAUGAAAACAAAUGAAAGGAAACACACGAGGAAUGGAAGAGCUUUGUCUGGUUUGUUGGGGAGGUAGUGCAUGUAACAUUUGCCUUAGAAGACUAUUAUCAAGAGGUGUUUUUGAAAGUUUCCUCAUUUUUUCCCCUCUCCUUUUCUAGUUUUCAUUUCCUCUUUAACUAAUUUUAAUUUUGGACAAAAGAUAAUGAAUGAUACCUGAUAAUCAUUUCUUGCCUGUAAUAGUGAUGCUGUCUCUUUCUCACACAUAGACGGUGUUCAUUAAAGAGUGUUCCUGCCAAAUAGUAAUACACUUCUAACUGGAAAUGUCAUUUUUCUGCUUUAAUUGUGACCCCUUCCCUGGUCUUGUGUCAGCAAUAUGCUGACUGUUUUUCUUUUCCUUUUUUAAUUAUAUAAGGACUUCUGGAUGAAAUCCCUAUUGCAAAAGUACAAAAAAACUGCUUAAAUGAUAAAUACUGGGACAAUUUAAAGUUGAUAUUGUUUCCCUUUUUUUAGUUUUCACAUAUUUUUCAGUGUUUAUUGAUGUUUAUAAAACACAACUAAUUCUUGAAGAAUGUUGCUUUUGUUUAUUUGUACUCCCAACUCAUUCUGUAUAAAGUCUGUAUUUCAGUUUUUGAGUCUCUUUGGUUAACUGAGUAAAGCGACUACAAUAAUGCUCACGGUUGAAUGUGUGGAGGUAUUUUUGGACCCUGUUGCACUUCAUUAUCUUAUUUGCCUAAUAACAUGUUCCUCCAGGGGGCAGCUUUUGCUGCUGAAUCAUAAAUACCACACAUUCAUUCUACACCAAUACUACAGCUUAUUCUUAAUAGAUACCAGGACAUAGUAGGGGUUUCUUGUAAAAGACCUGCAUUUACCAAAUACAGGUACCAAGUGAGGAGUUCCUAAACUGUCCUUUAAGGAUAUGAUGUUUGUACUCACGUGAGCAGGGCCAGCAGGGACAGAAAUUGCUAGUACUGAUGAGGACUUUCUGGGCCAGCCUUUGUCCUGUGAUUUCAGAAAUGUGCAGUGGGUGGAGGGGGGCACACAUGCACAAUGUCCAGGAGGACCUGAGCUCUGACCUGCAGGAGUGCAAGUUGUACCUGCAGAGGGUAGGAAGGGAUGGGCAGGAUAAAUAGCAGUGGCUCUGCCACUUUUCCCCAUCAGAAUAAGGGAAGGCCAGCUGGAGGGGAAGAGAAAUGGAUUCACGAUCUCACUCCUCUUUGUCAUGUCUUUUUCUGGGUUAUCACUUCCCCUGCUCAAAGUAUAACAUGUCACUCCAUUUCUGCAGUAAAAUAAUGAGCAGCUUUGUGAACUGGAUCCUGUAGUCAGCUGGGCUUUAAAUCAAGCUAAACAUUCAAAUUUAUGAUUUGAAGUGCCAAGUGUGACUAGAACUGCAACCCCAGACUGGUGCAAUGCCUUCUUGUCCUUACUGUACUGUGUGAGCAAGCCCAUGCAAAUUUUGUUCUCAUGGCUGGAUCCAAGUCACUGGAGAGACCUAAGAAAGGUAUGGCAUUGUCACUGACAUAACACAGGUGUACCUCUGGGAGACAGGGUUAUCUCAGCAGGAGCAGCUGCCCUCCCCUCACAUGGCACCACUGCCCAGCAGGCCGAGGGGUUAGGGAACACUUCCCAAACACAUUUAUACCUCUUGCCAAGCUGUCCAUGCAUUUGUAAACAAGACAGACUCUGCCAUUGACUAUACAGUCUUUAAAAUACAAAUUUGGAAAUUCUGGUGUAAAUAUAAUCAUUAGAAAUGCAGCUGUUGUUGCCAAACAACACAGAUGACGCUGCAAUUGGUGUUUUCAGAUUUUAAAAUUAGACAUGCAGCAUGGUAAGUGGUAAUGACUUAUGGUGGUGAUUAGUUCCUUACAGAGGCCAAAGAACUUGCUGACUAAUAAAGAAUGUAAACCUGCAGAUUCCCUGAGCCAAACUGAUUUGAUGGAUAUAUUUACAGCUUGGAAUAUUCUAUUCAUCUAGACAAAAGUUUCUUGUAUGUCACUUUUCACUGUAUUUGACAACUGGCCUUGAAAAAAGAGGUAGUUGUUUCAAAGGGAUCAGAAAACAUUACUUCUCUUCUGAAAGCUCUUUGAAAUCCCAAACCUGUUACAGAAUGUAUUUGUGUGUUCACUGGCAGAUAGAAAUAAACAAAUUGUAAAUCAAGAGA